GACGCCCGAAAUCGCAGCCAGACUUUCACAUUCAUUUUGUCCUUUCUGACCUUCCGUAGGUCGUUCUUUUUUUUUUUUCUCCUCGUUUUGGGCUAACUACGAUGGAGCGGUUCGGGAGUUCCACGGAGUCUCUUCGCUACGCGGAGUACGUAGGCCGGAGCGGCGGCGGCGGCGGCAGCAGCAGCCAAGGGCCGGACAUCAACUACGGGCUGGCCAAAUCUGUCAUCGGAGUUGGCCUGGGCAUCGCGGCUGUUGCCUUUGGAGGUCGUUAUGCGUUCCAGCUCCGGAAACCUUUAGAAGAAAUCUUCUCCCAAGUAGCGAGGAAUAUUUCAGCUACCACCGUUUCUUCGUAUUACAAAGGCGGGUUCGAAUCGAAAAUGAAUGUUCGGGAAGCUAGUCUUAUUUUAGGCAUAAGUCCAUCUGCUGGCAAGGCCAAGAUUAGAAAUGCUCACCGGAAAAUCAUGAUUCUGAACCACCCAGAUAAAGGUGGAUCUCCAUACCUGGCAACCAAAAUCAAUGAAGCCAAGGACCUGCUGGAAUCAAGCAGGAAAAAUUAAAGAGAUUUUCACCGUACCUCAGAAACCUUUUAGAGGCCGCCCAAGGACCUCUUACUUUCCAAUUUGUAGGGGAACCACAGCACAGAAACCAAACUUCGGGCUUGUUAAUAAAGCUUCAGCAGCUUUGAA